UCCGGCAGCGAUUGAGCGGCCUGCGCGGGCGGCGGGGCCCAGAGCAGCCCGAGCCCCCGCCAUGGGGCUGCUGUCGGACCCCCACUGCCGGCGGGCGCUCUCCCGCCUCGUCCUGCGCCUCAACACCCCGCUCUGCGCCCUGAGCUACGUGGCGGGGCUGGGCUGGUUCCUGGCCCUGGCCUUCCAGCCGCUGGCCCGCACCUACAUGUCGGAGAACGCCAUGGGCUCCACCAUGGUGGAGGAGCAGUUCCUCUUCGGCGAGAGGGCCCUCUCCUACGCCCGCGAGUUUGCCGGCCACAAGAAGAAAGCGGGGGGCAUGCCGGUGGCCUGGCUGGAGAAGACGAUGUGGACGCUGGGGCUGGAGGUGCACCGCCAGCCCUUCUCCCGCACCCUGCCCUUCCCCGACGAGCUCCGCGAGCGCUACAUGGUGAAGGGCACCAACGUGUACGGCAUCCUGCGGGCGCCGCGCGCCGCCAGCACCGAGGCGCUGGUGCUGAGCGUGCCCUGCAGCGAGGGGCCCCACAACAACCAGGCCGUGGGGCUGAUGCUGGCCCUCGCCUCCUACUUCCGAGGCCAGAUCUACUGGGCGAAGGACAUCAUCUUCCUGGUGAACGAGCACGACCUGCUGGGCAUGGAGGCCUGGCUGGAGGCCUACCACGACGUCAACCUCACCGAGAUCCGCUCCUCGGGGACGCUGGGCCGGGCGGGGGCCAUCCAGGCGGCCAUCUCCCUGGAGCUGAGCAGCGACGUGGUCACCAGCUUCGACGUGGCGGUGGAAGGGCUGAACGGGCAGUUGCCCAACCUCGACCUCCUCAACCUCUUCCACGCCUUCUGCCAGAAGAACGGCCUCCUCUGCACCAUCCAGGGCAAGCUGCCGCGCUCGGACUGGGACUCGCUGCCCGCCUUCGCCCACAGCCUGCAGACGCUGCUGCUGAUGGUGCUGGCCCAGGCCUCGGGGCAGCCCCGCGGCGACCACGGCCUCUUCCUCCGCUACCGCAUCGAAGCCAUCACCCUCCGCGGCAUCAACAGCUUCCGGCAGUACAAGUACGACAUGACCACCGUGGGCAAGACGCUGGAGGGGAUGUUCCGGAAGCUCAACAACCUGCUGGAGCGCCUGCACCAGUCCUACUUCUUCUACCUCCUGCCCUCCCUGUCCCGCUUCGUCUCCAUCGGCGUCUACAUGCCGGCCUUCGGCUUCCUCAUCCUCGUCCUCAUCCUCAAGGCCCUGGAUCUCUGGAUGAAGCUGAGCAAGAGCGAGACGGGCGGCGCCGAGCGGCUCUGGGACAGUGACCACGCCGGCGGGGAGGAGUCCCGUCCCGGUUUGCUGGCGCUGGUGCCGCCGCUGGUCAUCUGCCACGCGGCCGGCCUGGCGCUCUACUACCUACCGGUGCUGGGGCAGCACGUGGCCACCCAGCACUUCCCCGUCUCCGAGUCGGAGGCCGUGGUGCUCACCGUCAUCGCCAUCUACGUGGCCGGCAUGGCCCUGCCCCACAACACCCACAGGGUGCUGGCGGGGGGCGGCAGCGACCGGGGCUGGAUGACGCUGAAGCUGCUGGCGCUGCUGUACCUGGCGCUGCAGCUGGGCUGCCUGGCGCUCCUCAACUUCUCCCUCGGCUUCCUCCUGGCCGCCACCAUGGUCCCCGCCGCCGCCGCCGUCCAGCCCAACGGCCCCAAGGUGCUGCUGGCGGCGCUGCUGGUGCUGGCCACGCCGGCGGCCACGCUGCUGCUGGGCAUCUUCCUGCAGCGGGAGCUGGUGGAGGCGCCGGCGGCGGCGGGCGAGGGCUGGCAGCUCUUCCUGGCCGCGCUGGCCCAGGGGCUACUGCAGCACCACCUCUACGGGGCCUUCCUCUGCCCCCUCCUCGCCCUCGGCACCUACCCCUGCUGGCUGCUGCUCUGGAACGUGCUCUGCUGGAAGUGAGGGGCCGACCCACGGACGGACCCACGGACGGACCCACAGAGAGACCCACGGAUGGACCCACACAUGGACCCACAGAGACUCACGGAUGGACCCACAAACAGACACACGGACGGACCCACAGACAGACCUCAGCACCUACCCCUGCUGGCUGCUGCUCUGGAAUGUGCUCUGCUGGAAGGGAGGGGCUGACCCGCGGCCAGACCCAUUGACGGACCCACAGAGAGACCCACGGACGGACCCACACACGGACCCACAGAGACUCACGGAUGGACCCACAAACAGACCCACGGACGGACCCACAGACAGACGUCAGCACCUACCCCUGCUGGCUGCUGCUCUGGAACGUGCUGUGCUGGAAGUGAGGGGCCGACCCACAGCCGGACCCACAGAGAGACCCAACAGAGGGACCGACAGCUGGACACACGGACAGAACAGAAGAGAGAGACCCCGGGACAGACCCACGGGGAGACCGGCAGAGACCCACAGACAGACCCACGGCCGGACCUACGUCAAGACCAACAGACCCAUGGCCAGACCCACGGAUGGACCCACAGAGAGACCCACAAACAGACCCACGGACGGACCCACAGAUGGACCUCGGCACCUACCCCUGCUGGAGAGAGGGACCCACGGACAGACCCACAGAGAGCAGACCCACAGCUGGACCCACGGGCAGAAUGCAAGAGAGAGACCCAUGGACGGAGACACCCACGGAGCAGCUCACGGACAGACCCAGAGAGACCCACGGACAGACCCACGGACAGACCCACAGCUGCACCCACAGACAGACCCAGAGGGACCCACGGACAGACCCACGGACAGACCCACAGCUGCACCCACGGACAGACCCACGGACAGACCCACAGCUGCACCCACGGACAGACCCAGAGGGACCCACGGACAGACCCAUGGAGCGGCUCAUGGACAGACCCAGAGGGACCCAUGGAGCGGCCCACAGACAGACCCACGGGGAGACCCACAGC